UCCGGAACGCUCCGCCCUGGGGCCCAGAACGAGCCAAUCAGGAUGAAGAAGAGCCGCAGCGUGCUGUCGGUAACUGGAGAAGAGGGUGAGGACGUUCACAUAACGGUUGGCGGGGGGGAGAAGGCCGAGUCGCCGCGCUACAGCCGAUCCUACACGUCCGGGGCCACCCUGGGGGCGGAGCUACGCAGGGGUAGGAGCAGGAGACUCGCAUCUAGUCUACAGGUUCCCUGCUGGCUGCGCCCUCGCGACCGCACUCGUUCGCCAGAGGUCCUUGGCAACGUGUCGCGUCCCACAACGCUGCCCCUCCGCAUCCCGCCGCGCAUCUCCAUCACACAAGCAGACGCCGACAGUUUUGAAGGAGAAAAUGGUGUCUCCCCUGCUCACACGCCGCUGGGCUCGCAGAGUCCGGGACUCACUCUCAACACGUCCUUCCCCCAGAGUCAGAGGCGGGAGUCCUUCCUCUACCGCUCGGAUUCAGACUACGACAUGUCGCCCAAGACGGUUUCGCGCAACUCCUCACUGGCGAGCGAAGGACACACAGGGGAGGACUUCAUCGUCACUCCUUUUGCUCAGGUUCUGGCCAGUCUGCGAUCAGUGCGGAGCAAUUUUACCAUCCUCGCCAACGUCUCCACUCCGACACCCAAGAGGUCGCCGCUGGGUGGAGUGUGUGUGAGUCCCAGGGCCACAUUGUCAGACCAGCAGUACCAGCAGCUCGCCCUGGACACGCUGGAAGAACUGGACUGGUGUUUGGACCAGCUGGAAACCAUCCAGACGCACCGAUCUGUCAGCGAGAUGGCGUCCAACAAGUUCAAGAGGAUGCUGAACAGAGAGCUGUCCCACCUGUCCGAGAUGAGUCGCUCCGGAAACCAAGUGUCAGAGUACAUCUCCAGCACCUUCCUGGACAAGCAGAACGAAGUGGAGAUCCCUUCCCCGACACUGAAAGACAAGCCGAUGAGUCAAAUUAGCGGCGUGCGGAAACUGUCGCACAGCUCCAGCCUCUCCAGCACCUCCAUGCCUCGCUUCGGGGUCAACACGGACCAUGAGGAGGAGCUUGCCAAGGAGUUGGAGGAUUUGGACAAGUGGAGCUUCAACAUAUUCCAAGUUGCCGAAUUUUCCAACAACAGACCUCUCAGCUGCAUCAUGUACACCAUCUUCCAGGAGCGAGAGCUGCUGAAAACCUUCCGCAUCCCCGCCGACACCUUCGUCACUUAUGUGAUGACCCUCGAGGACCAUUACCACGGCAACGUAGCGUACCACAACAGCCUCCACGCCGCCGACGUCACCCAAUCCACUCACGUGCUCCUCUCCUCGCCGGCUCUCGACGCCGUCUUCACUGACCUGGAGAUCCUCGCCGCCCUCUUCGCCGCCGCCAUCCACGACGUGGACCAUCCUGGAGUUUCCAAUCAGUUCCUCAUCAACACCAACUCUGAGCUGGCACUUAUGUACAACGACGAGUCGGUCCUGGAGAACCACCACCUGGCAGUGGGCUUCAAGCUACUGCACCAGGACAACUGUGACAUCUUCCAGAACCUCACCAAGCGCCAGCGGCAGAGCCUUCGCAAGCUUGUCAUCGAUAUCGUUUUGGCCACAGACAUGUCCAAACACAUGACCCUGCUGGCAGACCUGAAGACCAUGGUGGAGACGAAGAAGGUGACCAGCUCUGGCGUGCUCCUGCUGGAUCACUACAAUGAGCGCAUUCAGGUCCUAAGGAACAUGGUGCACUGUGCCGACCUGAGCAACCCCACCAAGACCUUACCCUUGUACCGGCAGUGGACGGAGAGGAUCAUGGAGGAGUUCUUUCGCCAGGGCGACAAGGAGAGGGAGCGCGGCAUGGAGAUCAGCGCCAUGUGCGACAAACACACCGCCUCUGUGGAGAAGAGUCAGGUGGGUUUCAUCGACUACAUCGUCCACCCGCUGUGGGAGACGUGGGCCGACCUGGUGCACCCCGACGCCCAGGAGCUUCUGGACACAUUGGAGGAGAACCGCGAGUGGUACUUGACCACCAUGCCUCAGUCACCGUCGCCUCCGCCGGACAGACACUUGCAGCAUGACCGCUUCCAAUUCGAGAUCACGCUGGAGGACCUGGAGCACAACAACCACAACCACGUGUACACGAGGAUCAGCGCCGGCUCUGGCGGGGGCGGACUGCGCAGCCAGAGAGUGUCCUGCCUUGAUGGGCAAGCCAUGAGUGAAAGGGAGGAUGAGAAGAACCACAACAGGGAGCAGAACGGAGUUAGUGAGGACGAUGAGGAGGAGGAGGAAAACCCUGCAGAGGAGCAGAUAGAAGACGAGACGGGCGACACCGAAAAGGAAGAGAAAGCAGAGGGUGAGGAGACCAAAGGAGAGGAGGGUGAAGAUAAUCUGGAUAAAAAUGGAGCCCAGGAGGAAGGAGAGGAAAAUGAGGACGCAGGAUUCGGGAAUGUGGAAGAGGAAGAGCAGGAAGGAGGGAAUAUGGAGGAAGAUGGAGCAGAAGGGAAUGUGGAGGAGGAGGAAGAAGAUGUAGCAGAAGGGAAUGUGGAGGAGGUAGAUGGAGCAGAAGGAAAUGUUGAAGAGGAAGAUGGAGCAGAAAGUAUUAUUGAGGAGGUGGAAGAUGAGGUGGUGAGGAAUGAGGAGGAGGAGGCAGGGAAUGUAGAGGAUGAGGAACAAGGGAAUGAGGAGGGCAUGGCGGUGGGGAAUGUGGAAGAAGAGGACCAAGAGGGGGAUGUUGGAGAAGAGGAGGAAACUAAUGUGGAAGAGGGACAGAGCGCUGAAGAGGAAGGAAACGAGGAAGAAGAGGACAGUUAGUGGAGCAAACGAGGUCAGCGAGAAGAUGCAGAUGAAAAUGCGCAUUUGGCGAGAGCCAGCCUUGUCACUCACGGCACCGUCCACUCGAACACGUGCGAGCUGAGACGUCGGCAGCAGCGGAGUGGACUCAGGGGCCCGGACCUCUGCAGGAGGACGAGGCACUCAAAGCUGUUCUUACCGACCUUUGCUAAGGGUCACAAAAAUAAUACAUACAUGCAAAUAAGUUUGUGCCUGUUCUCCCGAGAUCACCGCCUAUACUUGCCAUCGUCGUCUGUGUCGUCCAGGACGAAGAUCCCACUGCUCCAGACCACCCCCCCAAAAAAAAAAAAAAAAAAAAAAUAUAUAUAUAUAUAUAUAUAUAUAUAUAUAUUGUUUGUCCUGAAAGGUGGGCAGGAAGUGAAGUCUGUUAUAUUAUUUUCACACUUGUAAAGCGUGGCAGUACUGUACUUUGAAGAAGAAAAAUCUGUGGCAUCACAAAUGAUUUGCAAAGUGGACUAUUGAUGAAAAUGAGCUUUCUGCGAAAUCUGGUCAAAGCAUCUCUUCAUGUCUUUUGAUAUUGAUUCAUGUAUGUGCACACUGUCCAGAAACUAAAUGGGAAAAAAAAAUGACAAUGUAUACUCACUCACCCAGGACGGGUCGCCAAGGUGACGAGGGGCGACACGUCGCCCACGGAGCAAUGCAUUGUGGGUCCGGGCUCAAGGGUGUGACGGUCUUCCACAAGUCAACUUUUUUUGUUUUUUUGUAACGAGACGGUUUUGGCACUUUACCACCCCUGUUACAUAUAUGUACA